CUCCUUACGUCAAAGACACAAAGCAUGAGGGAAGGGAGAAGGGUUCUUGGCACCUGUCUGGCAAAAAUGAAGGAUGACAGAGGAGAAGACUUCGACACACUAUCCUGUAGCCUUAAGAAAAGAACAGAGAAGGGGAGCCCUUGUUCAGCUGAUAAACCUUCCUGGAUGAAUAAGCCUGUGGUUGAUGUAAAUGGAGAUUCACACAAUGAGGUGCUAUCAUUGGAAACGAAAGAUGAUCUGAAUGAGGCUGACCUCUUGCUUCACAAUGGCAGCAAAGUGCACCCAUAUUUGAAAGAAUCAAUAAGAAGAAAUUCAGCUUCAGCAUCCACUCUGAGCAAAGCUGUGGGUCUGUUCUCUGCUCCUGCAGAAGAGCAUUUUGCUGGGGUGCCCUUCAGUGUCGGGGAAGCUCUGAGGAGGGACUGUAUGGGAAGAGGGCCCAAGGCCUCAGACGGCCACAGAGGACAGCGCCCUGAAGGAGAACCUUGGGUGUUAGGACUGCCAUAUCAUCAAAAACUGUUGGAAGUGGGGAUUUUAAAGGAUGGACCACUAAGUCCUUUUCUUGAGGGGCGAGGCUCUGAGUUGGAACUGUCUUGCUUGCAUUCUGUCCUGUUUGCAAUGCUGCACACAUAUCCUGAAGUACUCCUGAAUGAUGAGACCAAAUGUGUUUCCCUUGACUGGUUAAAGCCCAUGUUUUCAGAGCAAAGAAUAGAAUACAAGAAAAUGCUUUCAAGUAUAAAAAGUACCUCAAAUGGUCUGUAGAUAAAACUGGGGUAACUGGUUCUAUGACCUUUUAAAUUAGCAAAUCUGUUAUGCCAUAGUUAAGGUACAAGCAGAAUAAUAAAAAUAGAUUAAUUUUAAAAA